AUGAUGCGGCGUAUGGGUUGGUGUUUGUGUCCCACCACGACAUUAUUUUCAUUUCUCACACGACAUGCAACCGCCACGCACUCAGAACGCCAACUGACAGAGGCUCGUGCAAGUGUGGCUCUUGUGUCAAACUCGCGUUGUAUUUUUGAGAAUCUUGCGGUUGAGGAGGCGCUGCUGCGCGGUGUAAUCCUGCCGCCUGGUCAGCAGUUGUUGUUUUCGUACGUGAACCGCCCGUGUGUGGUUAUUGGUCGGAACCAGAACUAUUUGCAGGAAGUCGCGGUUUCUGCUGCCAGAAGGGAUGGUGUGCCCAUCGCUCGGCGGAGUUCUGGCGGUGGGGCCGUGUAUCACGACACGGGAAAUGUCUGUUUCUCCUUUUUUACUCACCGCAGUGCGUACCACCCUGAGAGGACGAUUGAGAUAAUUCGUUUGUUUCUCUGCUGUGCUUUUGACAUUUGCCCAGAGCGGCUGACAACAACGUUCCGGCAUGACCUGUUUCUGGAUAGGAAGAAAAUUACGGGCUCAGCGAUGCGGGUGCAGCGGGACAUCGCGUGCCACCACUGCACGCUGCUUGUCAAAUCGUGUAGUGAAAGACUCAGCGCAUAUCUUCAGCCUGAAGGGCAGUACGUCUUUUUUACCACCUCUUCGAUUGGCUCUGUUCGCUCGUCAGUCACCACGCUGCAAAUGGCGGGGGUUUUGCCAGAAGGUUACUGCAGCGACGAAAAUAUUAAUGGUGAAGACGUGGUGCAUUGUACACAACGAUCGUUGGCAGACUUCUUUGUUCGUCAUGUCGGUGUUAUUACGGCACACUCGGCGCCGUGGGAGAUCGAUCCGUCUAUUUUCCUAUCGAAGCGGAAUGAGGAGACGAAGGGAAGCGAGGAAAAAACAUUGCAUCCAUCGAAUGAAAGCGUGUUUCUGUUGGAUGUUGUCGGCGCACUGCGGGAGAACACUCGCAUUGUGGACGGUGAGGGACGUAGACCAGCUGCUGGAUCUUCGAAAACUGUACUUGAGGAGGUGGACCGGUUGCGCUCUGCCGACUGGAUGUUUUCCAUGCCCAAGUUCACGACUUGUGUUGCCGUGACCGCAAAGGAUCUUCUUGCGUGGGAGAACGACACGAUUGUCCGCUCUUGUGUGCCACCGGGGGUCGUCACGUAUCUGAUGCAGGGCCGCACGCGGUUUGACAUCACGACAGUCGUUGAGUGUCGCCACAUAACGAAACUGACGGCGUGUUGGGCGGAAAACGCGGCAGGGGAUGUCGAUGAAAUGUGGUGUGCAGCUAUUCUUCGGGUGCUGCUGGAAGGUGUCAGAGUGGAUGACCCUACGGUGGAUGUGAGUGAAGAGAAUGCUGUACUUGUGGCGGCGCUUCAGUUGGAAUGCCGUUCUCUUAUGGAUGGCAUGCCCCUUUCGGCAAGGGAGGAAAAUAUUGCUUGUGACGAGAACGGCAGCGGCAGUUUGGAUGAACAAUCUGCUUUGCUUCUUUUUAUGCGGGCGGUGCUAUCCGUGUGGCGUGUCAAAAAUGUGUUUAUCCCAGUGAUUUCCCAAUAG